AUUAACCCCUGCUCUAGAAACACUCGAACUUGAACUUUACCCCUCUGUCCUUCAGUGGAGAGGGCCCUAGGGUUCACUCCCCUGGAUAACUAACUAGCUGGGAUGUUUGCAGGAUUGGAUUUUUCACAGCAAGAUGGCUGAGAGUGAAUCAAAGCAGGUACAAUGUUACAUUCAAACCACCAGUGGUCACAGGAUCCACAAGAUCAGAUAAGAUGUCAUGUCAGGGUAGAUUGAUAAUUGGCUCGACUGGGGUGAGGUCAGCGAACACGCGUACUGUACUAACCGGUGAACAGACCCGAACACUGCGCGUGGCAAGACAAUCCACUGCAAAGUUUGCUUAAUGAGACUCAACCGUUUCUAUGUACGAGCCUUAACCCAAUGCACGACACACGAGACUGCACCAUGGAAAGCUGUCUCUGCAGCGCAAUCCAUACCCUGGCAAAGGACUACAACGAGGCCCAAGCCAAAGACCUAAUCCCUGCACUAAACCGCCACCUGAGAGAUCUGCGACAAUUUCUAGCGCAGGCUAAAUCGCUCAGUCGCCAAGUGCAGUAUCAAAUCACACCGCGAUACCAACGAACCGACAAAGCCCUCUUUGUAGACUCGGUUGACCUCGCCCCUGUCAAUCGGGUAUGCUCAAGAUUCGACAAAGAUGAAGAUGGUUUCUGGGCGGGCUCGGAUGAUCAGGUUCAUCUUGAACUGCGUCGGCGACUUGCCUGCGUUGUAAUAUUUCUUCGUUCUAAAUUGGAUGCUCAGGUGCUGGCGUCUCCUCAAGUGGCUAAAGUAUUCCCUGGAGUGCAAAAUUUAACCGAUAUGAGAAACCCUGGCAGGAAGUAUGUUCAAAUAUCACAGAGACUUGGCGAUAUAGGAGCAAUCUUUUGGCUUCCACUCAACAUCCCACCUUCGACUUAUGAAAGAUAUCUCAGCAUUGAUGACCAAGAAGUAUUCAGCCAUUUACUAUCACUCAAUCCAACAUUUCAGAAUUACAACGAUCUUGUACAACGCCUGGUAAUCAAUCAACUUUGCGACCCUUCUUUGUCAAUACCAUAUCACAAUCUGUUUGGCGAUUUUACUUCAUUUAUUCCUGCUAGAGACCAGUUAUUCCUUGCAAUGUACGCACUUGGCGGCAUCAACAUACCGGCUAUCUUGCUGAAGAGUGUUCGCUUGCCACAACGACGUUGGAACGCCGACGGCGAGGUAGAACAAACCAGUGCUGCUCAGUUUGGCCUACCCGUUAAUCUUGUUGAUCUUUUAUGCGACGAAGCAAAACUCUCUGAGACCAUAGCAGGGCCGUGGGUUGCCGAUCGAGUCCGGGAAGACAAUACCAUGGCUUGGUCCUUGAGCCCCGAACUCAUGUCGAGUUUCGCGGAAGUCUUACCCGCACCAACGAUAGAAGAGCUCGAAACUACAGCUUUGAAGCUUAUCUGCUUUGUUUGCCCACUGUGCUACGAGGUGUGGGCAAUACUUGAAAGGCUUCUAAAAACAUGCAAGAUAUCAGCUUCCCUCAGGACCCACGUUAUCGAGACCGUUCUGUAUUUUGGCGAGAGAGACUCGGUUGCCAUCCGCCAUGCUGCCGUCAAGCAGGCCAAACUCCUGUUGCGAAAGCCAAUGCCUUACUAUCUCCAUGCCUCGGCUGUGCUCUUUCGCAGCAUACUCCAUCGAGUUGAUGGAGAACUUGCCAAGUCGGAAGCACAUAUACGCGACUUUCUGUGGCGUGGGCCGCGCCCAAGUACCCGUCGGGACCAUGCACUUGAGGGUCGUAUUCAUAUUUCCCAGAUGGAAAACAAGAUCAAGUGCUACGACAAUGAUGUGCCUUCAUUUGCCUAUAAGUGGGAGGCGGAGCAGCCGUUAUCAACUCUGGACAUGGAAGUAACUUUUCGGCUCCAGAGCACAGCCGCGCGAUACUUCCAGUCCAUCGGUGAUUUUGAUGCAGCUAGAGGUUCCCUAGAGCAGUUUCUAUCACUGGGACUAAUCAGGCCUAUACCUGCGAAUUCACGUCGAGUCUUGCUUGGUAGAUUAGCUGAUGUGUACUGCGAGAAGGGGGAGUACCUCAAAGCGAUUGAGAUACUCGAACCGGAACUUGAGCGUAUUAACACAUGUGACCGCAUGCGUCGUGGAUUUCGAAGACUUGUUCUGGCACUGGUAGAGGCCAAUAUCGGGCUGAGAAGGUUAGACACAGCAGAGUCAACACUCCAGGAGUUAUUGGGUGAUCUGCCUCCUUGCCCAGACGAUAUUCACGACCAACAGCUACACAUGAGGAUACUACUGGCGUCAGCACGGAUAGCCCAUCUUAGGCUAGAGCCAGGUGAAGCCAUGCUGCGCUGGACAUUCGCGCUUGAACAAGUUAGUCACAUGCAUCCUCUCGGUUCAAGUGGUGGGUUUAUAGCCGCCGUGUGCCACUUGUCCUUGGCUCACGCACAGCUCUCGAUCGGGGAGAAGGACGGUGCUCGUCUCUCAUGGACAACAGGGCUGAAAAUCUUAGCAAGCGAGAAAUGCGAAUUCUGGAUUCCUGUUGUGCCUACGGCUUGGGUUCAGAGGGUAGCCGGAGAUAUAUACCAUUCGCAAGGCUGGCCCUUUCGCAUGAUGCUACCGGGAGGAAAGCCGGAUAUCACGCAGCAUUAUUUUCAAGGUAGUAAUCAUAGCAUUUAAAAUCGGCUCUGGUUCAGAUUACCUUUCAGGUGUGUUGGAAAACAGCGGUGAGGGGAUGCUAAGUCAAAAGGUGAAUUGAAUCGGGAUGGUUUCAGUUCUAUUGGUGCUUGGAG